UACUUCCCCAUCUUUCUGUGCUCUGGAAAAUGAGAAGAGUAAGUGGAUGGCUGUGACACACCUGACCUCAGUGCAAAUCAACCCAUCUGUAGUCUGAAGAAACUGUUGUGGGGCUUCCCAGUUCAAAGGAGCGUGAAGAAAAGACUCAUUUUCUUUGCCUUAGCAACCAUGCAGGACUGCCUACUUCUGAUUGGAUGACCAGCAUGUUUUUGGCAACUGAGACAUCUUGGCCUGCACUGUUCCUUUGCUCUCAAGUUCUCUUCUGCCUCUUCUUUUGUACCCCUUCCUGUUGUUGUACGUCCUGUCCCGAACAGUGUCAGUGUACCAAUUAUUCAGGAGCAACUGCUGUUCUGUGCAGUGCUAGCAACUUGGAAGAGAUUCCAACAGAUAUUCCCAAAGAUACCAUGUUUCUGAAGCUGGAUGCAAAUAAAAUUACUGCAGUUCCUAACAGCACUUUCAGGCACCUUGCCCACUUACAAGAAAUAGAUCUCUCAAAAAAUGCCAUUGAGGAGAUUGACUCAGCAGCAUUUAAAGGUGUUGCUGAUGGCCUGCGAUUGCUGGAUCUCUCUGGCAAUCACAUACAGAGAAUCCCAAAGGAAGCCCUGGUCAACUUGAGUGCCAUGAUUCGCUUAUCCAACAACCCUUGGCAUUGUGAAUGUACUUUGCAGGAAGUUGUGUGGAAAGUGAAACUGGACCCUGAUUCAGUCAAUGAGAUCACUUGCCAAACAUCUGUGCAAGAGGAAUAUGCUGGAAAACCUCUGCUCCACAUCCUGGAUUCAGGCAUCAACUUUUGCAACAUGCACAAUAAAACCACUGAUGUUGCCAUGUUUGUUACCAUGUUCAGCUGGUUUACCUUGGUCAUUAGCUAUGUGGUAUACUAUGUCCGACACAACCAAGAGGAUACAAAGAAGCAUCUGGAAUACUUGAAGUCACUACCUAGCACAAGAGUUCCUAAAGAGACUAUCAGCACAAUCCUGUAGACAGGAGUGCUGACCCUCAGCUAUACAGCCUGUUUUCUAAAGAAGAAA